AUGGCAGACAUCCAGUCAGACGCGGACAAGAUCCGCAACAAGCGUUUAGCAAAGCUUGGAGGGCAAGGGCCGUCACAACCGUCUUCAACGAGCUCAACACCACCUGCAGCAGCUUCCGCGACGCCGCCAGAAGCCGAGAACGAGAGUGCGCUUCCAGCACCACAAGCGCGGACAGACAGCCCCAGCUCCAACGGCGUGCCGAGCAGCGACGUGGUCAGCCAAACUACACCAGUGUCCAUACCACGACCAGCGAGCGGCAUCACGAUCACGUCGAAGACCUCGAUACCUCAGAAGCGGGAGAUUGAUGAUGGGCGACCACGGUCCCGGCAAGGUCGUAGGGAAACACUGGAAGAAUGGGAAGACCAUACGCUGGGAAACAUCUUCAAGGUCACGCUCGAUCCGAGGGCAGCACAUGACGCCCAUGGCAACGCGUUGAUAUUCCUGGAGGGCGUUAGGUCGGACCUAAAGAGUGAGGGGGCGCCGAUACGGCUGAGCAUAGGAGUACUGGAUCAGGCAAUUACAGAGGCUGCCUCCAGCCCGUCAGCCGGGACGCCUCUCGACUACCUUCUGGGAUGCUGGAAACGCGUAUCGAGAUUCUACCGAAGCCUGCGCAGUGGCGAGAAGGAUGACCCCAAGUACAAUAUCAUUAAAGAAGCGCGGCGGCUCUGCAUGAGCUACUGUAUCUUUGCGGUCACGCUUCCGGAGAUGUUCGGGCAAGAGCCCUCUGAGGUGAAUCCGCUCGCGCAGCACCUGCUUGUGGACCCCGAUAACGAUCGCGGACUGUGCCAUGACUUCCUGUCGGAGGCUGUAUCACGCUUCUCCGAAGAUGACAGCGUAAGAGAAGCACUGGUAGGGGCCGUGGAGCAAAUCAGCCGGGAUAUGUCGAAAAUGACCAUGAACGACAACUACAAGCCAUACAUUCUGGCUCUACGAAACUUCGUUCGAUACCCUCCUCUCUUAGAAGCCCUAGCAAACUCUGAACGGUUCCUACCGGCGGAUGUCGCCCCGCAGGAUAUCGAGACCGACACCCUCCUUGGCCCUUUCUUCCGUCUGUCUCCAACACAACCGGAAGUCGCUCUAAAUUACUUCUCCAGCCCGAAGACGCGAGACAAGGCGUACAUUCUCAACGCACAGAAGGCUCUUCGUAUGAGUUUGCAGACUCAUCAAGACGAGCUGUUUGAGAUUGCCAACCAUUUCGUCCGAAAUAAACUCGCCAGAGAGAGAAUUCUGGAUUGGUUCGCUCUGGUCGUCAAUUCGAAUCAUAAACGGAGGGCGCUUCGUCCCGAUCCUAAUCACAUAUCCUCGGAUGGGUUUAUGAUCAACGUGACUGUCGUACUUGACCGACUCUUUGAGCCGGUCAUGGACGCUACAUUUUCGAAAAUUGACAGGAUAGACGUCGAAUAUCUUCGAAGAAACCCCCGCGUAUCCAUCCAGGACGAGACGAAGAUAAACGCUGAUCAGACGACGUCGGACAGAUAUUACGCUCAAAAAGCCGAGGGCACAACGAACUUCAUCACAGAGGUCUACUUCCUUGCAGUGGCCGCACAUCACUACGGGACGGAAGCAGCCAACAUACAUCUUGUGUCGCUGCAACGGCAGAUCAAGCAGAUGGAGAAGGAGAUCGAGAGGUUCGAACUCGAGCGACACAAAUUUGUUGCGAACCCCCACGCACUAUCCGAGUUUGAGAGGCAUCUGAAGAAAUACAAGGACCAGCUUGAGCGGUCCCAAUGCGCCAUCCUGGCUACACAGGGCGUGCUCCUCGACGAGACGGCCCAGGGACGAUCAAUGCAGAUCAUGCGAUAUCUCAUUGUCUGGCUGUUGCGGCUGGUGUCGCCCGGUGUCAAUUACCCUAAGCAACCACUGCGGCUCCCGCUGCCGAAAGAGCAGCCUGAAGCCUUCAAAUGCCUACCAGAGUAUUUCGUGGAGGAUCUGGUGGACAACUUCAAGUUCAUCACGCGCAACAUGCCCCACAUUAUCACUUCGACACAAUGCGAGGAGCUGAUGAUGAUUUGCAUUACGUUCUUGCAGAGCUCUGAGUACAUCAAAAAUCCGUACCUCAAGUCGGGUUUGGUCACCAUUCUCUUCAACGGAGUCUGGCCCAUAUAUGGACGUCCAAAGGGUGUUUUAGGGGAUGUCCUGCUGGGCUCCAGGUUCGCUGAGCAGCAUUUGCUGCACGCCCUCAUGAAAUUCUACAUUGAGGCUGAGAGUACCGGCACGCAUACACAGUUCUUUGACAAGUUCAACAUCCGCUACGAGAUCUUCCAGGUCAUCAAGUGCAUCUGGUCGAAUCCAGUGUACCGGCAGAACCUGGGCACGGAGUCGAGGGUAAAUGUGGACUUCUUCGUCCGUUUCGUGAACUUGCUCCUCAACGACGUCACUUUCGUGCUCGACGAGUCCUUCACCGCAUUCAGUCAAAUCCACAAUCUCUCCAAAGAACUCUCAUCUGGCGAGACCCUGGACGAAAACGCGCGCAAAGAGAAAGAAGAAGCCCUAGAAGCCGCCAAAGGCCGCGCCAAGAGCUACAUGCAGCUCACAAACGAGACGGUAGCCAUGCUCAAGCUCUUCACCGAAGCGCUAGCCGACUCCUUCACGAUGCCCGAAAUCGUGCAGCGGCUGGCAGACAUGCUAGACUACAACCUCGACGCGAUGGUCGGACCCAAACAGUCAAACCUCCGGAUCGAAAACCCGCAAGAGUAUAACUUCAACCCGAAACAGCUCCUCGCCGAGAUCAUCGACGUGUACCUCAACCUCCGCGAGAAGGAAAACUUCAUCCUCGCUGUCGCGCGUGAUGGACGCUCCUACAAGCCCUCGAACUUCGCGCAAGCAACGACCAUCAUGAAGCGCUUCGCGCUCAAGUCCCCUGAAGAGCUCGACGCGUGGGAAGAUCUGGCCUCCAAGAUCCAGGCCGCGAAGGAGGCGGACGAGCAGGCCGAAGAAGACCUCGGGGAGAUCCCAGAUGAGUUCCUGGAUCCGCUUGUGUACACCCUUAUGGAGGACCCGGUCAUCCUGCCCAGCUCGAGGACGACGAUCGAUAGGUCGACGAUCCGCAGCCAUCUGCUGAGCGACCCAACAGAUCCGUUUAACAGGGUCCCGCUGAAGAUCGAGGAUGUGAGGCCGGAUGUUGAGAUGAAGAAGCGGAUUGAUGCGUUUAGGGCGGAAAAGCGGGGGGCCAGGCGUGUGCCGGGUGCGGGGGAUGAGCCGAUGGACACGUCUUAG